AUGGAUACCGAAAGAUCAGCACUAGCGGAACACAUCGCCCAUUCUGUACACGAGAUCAAUUUGAAGGCAAUAGAAAAAAGGGCCCCAUAUGGUGACAACACAAGGAAGUGGAAGAUAAGGGAAGCCAUUACCAUACUUAGGGAGAAAAAUCUAAUGAACAGGAGAUUGGAGGAAGGCAGAGUUAGCGAUAACAAUGAGGGGAUUGGAGGCCCAAGUUGGAUCAGCCGAUCGGAAGAGACGGUUCGCGGUAAAUAA